UGAAUUUUGCUUCUUUCUUAUUAUGACAUGUCAAAUUUCAUUUAUGAAGUUUAUAUUUUUGAUCAGAUUCUUAAAAUAUUAUAAUAACUUAUAUAUUACCAUUAGUAAAAAAAACUAAACUAUAAUAUAAUCAUAAAUAUAUAUAAAAUUUCACAUCAAUUUAGAAUUUAAAAAUAUUUUUAUAGAUAUUUAUACUUUUGUGAAAGAAAACUAAAAAAUUUUGAAUUGUAUUUUAAAUUGAUUUAAAAACAACUAAUCAAAAUUUUAAAUUAUUAGUCUAUUCGUAUAUAAUCACCAUAAAAUAUGUUCGUUUAGAAAGUGUUUGUCGAUUCAUAGAGUUAUUGGUAAAUUAAUUUUUUUACUUGAAUGUUUUUUCAAAAACUAAAAUUAAUUUAUAGUAAAAUUUAUCUAAAUCUUCAAACAUAAAUAAAAAAAUGUCAACCCAAAUAGAAAAUAACUUACAAAUAAUUAUUAUAAUUUUUAUACUGAUAAAACGAUUUAAAAAAAAAGAUUAAAUAUAGAUUAAAUUAUUACGUUUUAAAAUAAUAAUAAUUUUUAGAAAAUUAUUACCAUUGUGCAUGGCAAAAAAAACUUCGUAAUAUGCGCAAAAGAAACCUCCUAGUAUCAGUAUAUAAGGCACCAUCGUUAAGUUCAAACCUUUUUUUCAACAUAAGUUGGUUUAGAUAAAUAAUGAUAACCCUCAAGAAUGUGAUUAGAUCAAUAGUUUAACUUAACAGUACAGAAAGAUAAUCAGCCUUUUAAUUCUGCAAUAAACCAAAUCAGAAGUCGAAGGUCGCCCACUUCUAUAUAUCCCCUUAUACACACGUAGAAAGAGAAACAAACACCAAACCAUCACAUAAGACAAAACAGAGCCACAUAACCCAUUUUGUGUUUUCUUCUGCCUUCUGUCUCCGCCAUGGAAGCUAAGAAGUCCAACAAGAUCAGAGAGAUCGUUAAGCUUCAACAGAUCCUAAAGAAAUGGCGGAAACAAGCACAUGCAUCAAAAACGGCCGACAGCAAGGAAGACAACAAUAGCAAUGGCGGAGGAAGCAAGGGCAUCAAGUUUCUGAAGAGGACACUAUCAUUUACAGAUGCAACAGCUGUGCCUAAAGGGUAUCUAGCUGUCUCGGUCGGCUUAGAGAAGAAGAGGUACACAAUACCAACCGAAUACCUUAGCCACCAAGCUUUCCAUGUUCUUCUGCACGAAGCAGAAGAAGAGUUUGGGUUCCAACAAGCCGGUGUCUUGAGGAUUCCUUGUGAAGUUGCUGUUUUCGAGAGCAUGUUGAAGAUAAUGGAGGACAAGAACGAAGGGUACCUGGUGACAACAACAACAGCUAAACAGGAUUGUAAAUUCAAUAAAGCAGCAGAUGACAAGACGAGAUAUGGGCAUCCAUCUGGUUGCCCUCCGACUCCUUCACACCAACCUCACAGCCCAAUGUGCAGAUAGUUUCCUUCAUUAAUGCUUUGCUUCUGUCCUCUCUUGUUGACUUUGAGCCAUUCUGCUUAUUUCCAUCUUCCCACUUUUUCUCUAGGGAUUUUGGAUUUGUGUGCUUAUAACUUCUGAGAGGUUUUUCAAUUCUGCUUAUUUCAAUGUACAAACGGAUCAUUGUAACUGAAAUGAGAACCUCUAUUCCUGGUUUCUCCACUCUCUUUUCAAUUUUUGGUGUACUUUCUCAGAAGUACCCACCAGGCCAUUGAUAUAACCAUCUAUGCCUGAUGAAAUAGCAGUAAUCUCGUCCACAAGAACUAAUCAAAUGCUGUAUAAAGUGACUCAAGCAAAAACAUCUGAGCUUUUUAUACACAAAGAUUUUAACCAUAAGUAAUCCCAGUCGACUGCAUUUGCAACGCAAAUCAGUAGAAACAUGUCAUGCAAGCAAGUUCAUGACAACCUUCAUGAUGUUACCAAAGAAUUUGAAUGUUUAUUAGUUUGUAGUAUCAUACAAGUUCAUAUAUGAUCUUAGCAGAUAGAACCUAAUGAAUCUGGAGGAUAUCAAACAUCUGCAUUAUUGUCCUUUGUUAACUCUGCGCAUAAAUCAAACUCACAAGAUUCCUAAAUGCUAUCUUGAUUAAGAAAUAAGAAGAGACAAGAAAAGGGAAUGGUUCAUGUUUCAGCAGU